UGGGUGCACGGCACUGGUGGUAGCUGUGGUGGCAAGGAAGUUAGAACUUACCAAAGCUGAAAAACAUGUGCAUAAUUUCAUGAUGGACACCCAGCUAACUAAAAGAGUGAAAAAUGCAGCUGCUAAUGUACUCAGGGAAACAUGGUUAAUUUAUAAAAACACAAAGCUGGUUAAAAAGAUAGACCAUGCAAAAGUAAGGAAACAUCAACGCAAAUUCUUGCAAGCUAUUCAUCAAUUAAGAAGUGUAAAAAUGGAGCAAAGGAAACUGAAUGAUCAAGCCAACACUUUGGUGGACCUGGCAAAGACUCAAAACAUCAUGUAUGACAUGAUUUCUGACUUAAAUGAAAGAAGUGAAGAUUUUGAGAAGAGAAUUGUUACUCUGGAAACUAAACUGGAAACUUUAAUUGGUAGCAUUCAAGCUCUCCCUGGACUGAUUAGCCAGACAAUCAGCCAGCAGCAGAGGGAUUUCCUCGAGGCUCAGAUACAAAAUUAUGAUAAACAUGUUGCUUACAGUGCUGAACGAUCACGAUCUUUGUCAAGAAGAAGGAGAUCAUCCUCCACAGCACCACCAACUUCAUCAGAGAGUAGCUAGAAAAUAAUAAGUUAACCACAAAAUAAAGACUUUUUGCCAUCAUAUGGUCAGUAUUUUAGCUUUUAUUGUAAAGCCCUAUGGUUCUAACCAGUGUUAUCUGGGUUCUGAUGUCAGAAUCCUGGAAACCUGAACAUGUUCUAGGCCAAAAUGAGUGAAAACUCUUUUUUCCCCCCUCCUCCUCUCAGAUGCAUAUUGAAUGCACCUAUUAUUGCUAUAUUAGAUUGUUCCUCCUGUUACUUCAAUAACUUUUUAUUUAUGCACUUCAAACAAACUUUACUACUUCAGUAUAUAACAUAAUAAAAAGGUUAAUUUCUGCAUAGUUGCUUGGUUACUUGGACUAAACAAAGCUCACAAUCAAAAGGCCUAAUUAUAAACUUCUAAGAAACUAAAUUGAAGCUUAAUAAUUAUCUCUCAG